AAAUUAUUAUUCGAUUAUAUUUCUGAAACUGCGGAGAAGCUCACAUUGAAGUCAGACCUGCUAAGGGAAAACAAUUUGGCUGUUGAUAAUUGGCCAGAUGAACGUUUUUUCUCUACAAAGGACUCUACACUAAAGAAAAACACAGCGUUCGUCAGAAAAAUACGUAACUUCACAGAGAGUUCUAAAGAAUCGCUCCGAGCGGAUUUCGAGGCCCUCAAUUUGUCUAAGUAUGUUGCCGAAGUGGCUACUGCCAUAACCGAACCCAAAAUAAAAAUGACGGACAUCACCUUCAUGCUGCAACUUUGCUCUCUUAUGCAUCGACGCUAUUCGGAUUUCGGCGGUCUUCUUUUGGACGCGUGGAAAAAAGUGUUCUCUCAACAAAAGUGCGAAAAGACCCCGAACCUCUCAAAAUUGAGGGUCGAUCUCGUAUUUUUCGCUGACUUGAUCACUGUAGGGGUCAUGCCUGAAAAUGAAAGUGUCCGUCUGUUAGCUAUGCAACUGACACAGUUGACUAAUGGAGAUAAAGAAAACUACGUGAACAUAGGAAUCGUCACUAGUUUUGUGAGGUCUUCCGGGGAUGAUUGGGCUGGAGUCAUACCCAGAAAGCUUCUCUCCAAGAAAUUUGGAGCAACGAUUCGGCGCUCCGCGUUUCUGUCAAAGGAACGAAAGUCUAAGUGCCGCAGUCUCUUCCAUGACUACUAUGCGGGAGCCUUGGAUCGCCUCAUAGGAAUGGCCAAGGAGGCGCGACGCGUGAUCGCCUCCAAUCGGCGUCAAAUGCUCACCAAGGGUGAAGUACACCCGGAGCGCAGGGAAAAGGCCGAUCAGCUAACCGCGGCAUGCAAAAAAUUCCACGAGGCUGUCUCCCUGUUGGCCGAUGCUGUCGACCGGGACCCACCGCCUUCCAUGGACGAACUCAUUGCUGAUAAGGCCGAAAAUGACGAAGCAGAAGGCCAGCUUCAGGCACCAACUGACGCAGAUGCCGCCAAUUGGCCGUUAUUCGAAGAUGAAGACACAAGGUUAUUCUACGAAAGCUUACAGGAUAUUCGAGCUAUGAUUCCUGGGAUUUUGUACAAAGAAAGUGAACAGGCUACCGUAAAACCGAUUGAAUCAACUAAAGACGAACCUUCGCAAGCCAAUGAAGCUUCCAAUGAAGAACUUGACGUCGAGAAGGUCGAAAGUGAAUUGGCCGCAGAGGAGCAGGCCCAGUUAGAGGAGACGGAGGAGAUAACCUGUCCAACGAGUCUGGAGACCGGCCAGGAGGGCGGCGGCGGCGGCGGAGCAGCUGGAAGUGCUAGUGCUUCUUCCAGUCAAAAAUCUCAGGACAAGUCCUCAGCUGAACCACGGGAAGAAGAGGGUCCAGCAAGUGCCAAGAUGAUGAUGGACACCUUCAUAACCCAACUACCCAACUGUGUUAAUCGUGAUCUCAUUGACCGAGCUGCUUAUGACUUCUGUCUAAAUUUAAACAAAAAACCAAACCGCCGGCGUCUAGCCUCCACCCUGGCCUCGGUUUCACGCACCCGGUAUGACUUGUUGCCGUUCUACGCCCGUUUCGUUGCGACCCUCAGUCCCGUGAUGCCUGAUCUGAGUCAAGACCUCAACAAUGUGCUUCUCCACGAAUUUCGGUGGCACCUGCACAAAAAGGACCAGGUUAAUUUGGAGUCAAAAUUAAAGACUGUCCGCUUUAUCGGUGAGCUCGUUAAAUUCCGUAUCUUUCCUGCGGAUGAAGCGCUGAAUUGUCUGAAACGACUUCUUCCCAACUUUGUGCACCACCAAAUCGACAUGGCUUGCGGUUUGUUGGACACGUGUGGCCGCUUCCUCUAUCGCUCGCCGGCCUCGCAUCAACGCACCAAGAUAUACCUUGAGAUCAUGAUGCGCAAGAAGAACGCCAUGCACAUGGACUCACGCUACUCCACGAUGAUCGAAAACACCUUCUUCUUCUGUGAUCCACCGAAAAAUGCCACAAACUUCGGCCAGAUUGAACUAACUCCUCUGCAGCGUUUCCUGAGACAACUCAUUUGGCGCGAUCUUAACCGAAAUUCUGUGAACUCAAUCCUCAAGAUUUUCAGGAAAAUUGACUGGACCGACACAGCGUUAGUUUCGUUUGUUGAGGAUCUUUUCACGAACGGAUGGCAAGUUCGGUUUCAGUACAUUGGCUGCCUUGCGAGCGUCCUCUCGGGUCUUUCGACUUAUCACAAGGACUUCACCACUGCCGUUGUUGAUAACAUCAUUGAAUCCGUUCGAGUUGGCAUGGAGUUAAACCUUCAAACCAUGAAUCAACGCAGGUUAAGCAUGGUCAAGUAUCUUGGAUUGUUGUACAACUACAAACUUGUGGAGUCACCAGUCAUAUUCGCAACGCUCUACUCUCUGAUUACGUUCGGAGUUAGUUUGGAUUACCUGAACCCAAGCCUAAUCGAUCCGCCAACUUCACUGACGCGAAUUCCACUGGUGUGCACUCUACUGGAGACUUGUGGAUCCUACUUCGACCGGGGGCAUCGUCGCAAGAAGCUCAACAUUUUCGUCGUUUAUUUCCAACGUUACUACUGGUCCAAGCGAAUGCACCCCAUAUUCAUCCCUCCGAAAUCCGUCACUGCAAGUAGUGAAACGAACAAAAACGUGGAAGAAAAGGCGGAGCAACCCACCCUCGGUGACGGUGACGAAACUACCACGGUCGAUCGGGUAGAAAUAGAGCAGUUUGAGCAGAUACCCUUUCCCGACGCUGUGGAACAGCAGUUCGAGGAGACUCUUCGUCACUUGCACAUGAAGCCCUCGGCAAUCAAAAAUCUGGCGGAGGCUGAAAAGUUGGUCGAAAAUGUUGAAAGGCGGUAUGCCCAGCGCCUGACUCACCUGUUGGAAGCCUAUGGAAUGCGUUCACCGAAGGUCGCCGGUUCGACCGUGAGAAAUGGCUCAGCUCUUGGCGGAACCUCGGGCACAAUGGAGGCCAUCGCCGAGGAAGUUUACUGCUUAGUGGAAUCCGACUUGUUUGAAGAUGACGACCUAAAACUGGAUGAUGACGAUGAGUACUCGGGCGAUGAAGACGAGUUCUUUGCGGGUGACGAGGAGUUAGAAAAUGGAGGUUCUACUGAGGGACCGAAAAGAGGCGCCUCAGCAAAGACCAGACAGCGUGGCGGUGGGACCAACGGUAACGAAUCCGAGGGUUCCAGCGAAACCGAGGGUGAUGAUGAUGAUGAUACUGUUACGCUAGCUGCAGACGAUGACUUCGAAGAUGGCGGUGGUGAAAGCGGUGAGGAGGACGAGGUGGAGGGUGCGGAAGAUGAGGACGAAGAGGACCAAAAGGAGGCGAAUGACGACGAGGAGGAGGAUGAGUUGGUGCGUCUGGGUUUACGACCCAAGUACAUCAAGUGCCCUGAGGAUGACGAAUUCGUGGCCACAUUGGAAAAGUUGACCGCCGAGGCCAUGCUGUCGACGGCCGGUGCCGCUAGCACCGUGGCGCCCUCCACAACCCUGCCCUCUAUCGACAGUCUUGGUGUGGGUGCCGCUGCCGCCCGACAGGCUGUCGCUCGGAGUGCUGCCGCGCAAACCCAGUCGGCUGCGGAGAGUAUUAUUGCCACGCUCGGGUCUAAAAACCCGCAUACAGUGUCCCCCAAUGAAGAUGAUGAAAACAAGGCUGAUGUGACGCGACCAAGCACCUCUGUUGUGCCAUUCAGCCUUGUGGUGCGUAGGCCUGCCGCCGGUGGGAGUGGCGGUGGCGGCACCCGGUCACGCCUGGUGCCCCUAGCGGUACCGCAGAGUGUGCCGUUCGCCGCUCGGCGGAUUCGUAUGGAGGCCGAGGAACGAGAGGAAAAGGCCCGCCUGAAGGAGCGCGUUCUUGAGAUGCACAAGGCCCAGAAAGAAGCCGAUGAAACUAAUUACCUCAAUCCGGCUCUCUUCCAUCAAAUACCUUCGAAUGUGAAUCGAGAUCGGUGGGUUAAAUAUAAUCACCCAAAAGGGGCUCCGGAUGCCGAAGCCGUUUUCGGAUCGUCGAGUGCAUCCAUUCCACCACCGCCGCAAUUUGUGAAUUACCGAAAUCUGCGCCGAUGA